ACUUCAGCUGUUUGCUUUUUCAGGGAGUUAUUGGGCAUUUAAAAGGUACGAAAAUGGCAUGGACAGCGACGAAUUUCGGCAAUUUGGCCCACUUUUCCCGGGUUUUGCUGAUGAACAAGAAUUUGGCACUCAUCCUGCGCAACUUGUCCUUAGUCGGAAGGUCGGAGUCUGCGGAGUUCUAGAAGCACGUACACUAACCACUUGGGCACGAUCACGAUGGCUAACCUCUUGCAAACGACCCUUUGCAACGUGAUAAUGGCAGAUGACGCCGUCAACCACGCAAAUAAUUUCGUCCACCAGCUCGUUUUGUUUUUCUCAAGGCACAUUUUAAUCACCGAGUACAUGAUUAUCAUGGUUUGCUUGAUUGUCAUGUGGGAGUUGGUCAAGUCGGUGGCCAAACACUGCGCCCACAAUGUCCUGCUGGCCGCCGCGGCCGACACCGAGCAAAAGUAUCAGGUGGGCGUGUCCCAAUCGCGCGAGCAGAGUGCGGCAUCGGCAGCCCCGAUCACGCGGCCGCCGCCGCCGGUGUCACUGCCCCGAAGAGUGCGAAUCGUCGAGGUCGGCCCGCGAGACGGCCUGCAGAAUGAGAAGACCGUCGUUCCCACGCAAGUCAAAAUCGAGUUCAUCAACAGGCUCACGCGCUCAGGCCUCAAAACCGUCGAGUGCACCAGUUUUGUGUCCCCGAAAUGGGUGCCCCAAAUGGCAGACCACUCGGAGGUGCUCAAAGGAAUCACCAAAGUACCUGGCGUCAGCUACCCUGUCCUCGUGCCCAACCUUAAAGGACUCGAAUCAGCUUUGGCGGCGGGCGUGGAGGAAAUCGCCAUCUUCGGCGCAGCCUCUGAGAGUUUCUCUCGGAAGAACAUAAACUGCUCAAUCGGCGAGAGUCUGGCUCGGUUCGGCGCGGUGGCGCAGGCCGCCCGCGAAAAGGGCGUCAGGGUGCGCGGCUACGUCUCCUGCGUGGUGGGCUGCCCCUACGAAGGGCCCAUCGCGCCUGCGGCCGUCGCCAGGGUGACGAAGACGCUGCUGGACAUGGGCUGCUACGAGGUGUCGCUCGGCGACACGAUCGGCGUCGGCACGCCCGGCACCUUCGCGGCCAUGCUGCAGGCCGUGCUCGACGCGCACGUGCCCGUCCACGUCCUCGCCGUCCACUGCCACGACACCUACGGACAGGCCCUCGCAAAUAUUCUCACCUCGCUUCAGAUGGGCGUGACGGUGGUGGACUCGGCUGUGGCCGGCCUGGGCGGGUGUCCGUACGCGCGAGGGGCGUCGGGCAACGUGUCCACGGAGGACCUGGUGUACAUGCUGCGCGGCAUGGGCAUCGAGACGGGCGUCGACCUGGACCUGCUGCUCGACGCCGCCGACUACAUCUGCGCCCAAAUCGACCGGCCCACCAACUCAAAAGUCGGACGCGCUCUCUGCAGAAAAUCAUGAAAUUAUUUAUCAGAUUUAUUGUUAUAGCCGCCUUUCUGUGAAAGAACUCUGUAAUUAAUUAUAUGAAACAUAUGAGAUUUAUUUUAUUAAAUAAAAGUGUUUAAAAUAA